AUGAAGCAAGACAAAGAGGAAGACACAGAUAUGGGCAAACCUGAACCCAGCCCAAACCAACCCAACACCAUAACCACCAAAAUUCCAUUACUUGCGCCCACCACCAACCCCACCCAAACCAUGCUCCAGGCACUCUUAACCAAGAUGGGGCAGCUGGACAAUAUCAAAUCCCAACUAGACAAGCUUGAAGGCAAAUUGCUGCAGGACACCAGCCUUGCCAAUGUUGCAGCUAAGGCACCAGCCAAAGCCCCUGAGGUCAAAGCCUCUAACAUUGCUGCAGUUAUUAAGAGGGACAUUGCCAAGCCAGUCCCUGCACAGAGUGACAACAAAAAUUUUGUUGUUUGCUUCAAAACACUACCCAUUACUCAACCAAACCCCAAAAGCAUAUUUGUGGCCAUGCACAAAUGCCUUGAUGCUGCAAACUGCAAUCUUGGCAAGGGCAGACUCACCAGAGUCUGGUGGUCACUAAAGGCAAGCCUUCAUCUAUCCUUCUCCAAUAAUGUAUCCAUUACAGCAAUUGAAAAUGCCAUCCCUCUGCUCAUGGAUUGUCUAUGCCUUCCUGAGUACAAAUUUGGACCUGAGGUCCCUUGGAGCAGACUAGUUGUCACAAACAUCUCCACCAGGAUGGGUGGCUCUCUGCAAUGGAUGUGCAACUGCAAGGAGUUAACACAGCUCCUCAACAAAGCCUUCCCUGACUCUGCCAAAUUUGGCGCAGUCAUGCUUACCCUUGCACCUGACUGGCUAGCAGACCCUGUGCAAUUACAAGCCAAGGGAUGCCAUGUGUUGCAUGCCAACUGCACCACUUUGUCAUUUUUACACCCAUGCACCGCUGAGGCAUUACGCCUACCCCUCAUUGACCUCCCCAUACCCCAAACUGUUACCAUGCUUGAUGGGUUGAGCCCCCAGGCAGGCAAAAUCUGGAAAAAGGCAAACCUUACCUUCUCCUUUGAUGGCAAAUGUAUGACCAAGACCUUCCUUAUAUGCAAUACAGGGUCUCAUGCUGCCAUCCUGGGUUUGAAAUGGCUGGACACUCAUAACCCAGUGUCAUAA